UUCCGGCGCGCUCCCGGGGCGGCGGCGGCGGCGGGGGGCAGCGAAGGCGCGCGCGGGCCGCAGUGGACGGCGCGGCGGCCGCCAUGCAGCUGACAGUGAAGGCGCUCCAGGGCCGGGAGUGCAGCCUGCAGGUGGCGGAGGAUGAGCUGGUGGCCACGCUGAAGCAUCUGGUCUCCGAGAAGCUCAACGUCCCCGUGCGCCAGCAGCGGCUGCUGUUCAAGGGCAAGGCCCUGGCAGAUGGGAAGCGACUCUCCGAUUACAGCAUCGGGCCCAAUUCCAAGCUCAACCUAGUGGUCAAGCCUCUGGAGAAGGUGUUGCUGGAAGCAGACGCGGCCCGAAGGCUGGCCGAGGCCCAGCCCUCAACCCCACCCCCAGCCACCUGGCAGCUGAUCUCCAAAGUCUUAGGCCGUCACUUCAGUGCAGCAGAUGCCAGCCGGGUCCUGGAACAGCUCCAGAGGGAUUACGAGAGGUCCCUGAGCCGCCUGACGCUGGAUGACAUUGAACGCUUGGCUAGCCGCUUCCUGCACCCGGAAGUGACUGAGGCCCUGGAGAAGGGGCUCUCCAAAUAAGGGUCUUGGAGCGGGGGGGAGGAGCCGUAGCUGCAUGUUGCAUGAAAUGUGUUCUCAGGUUGCGGGCGACUUGGCUCAUAAUAGUGAUCACGGCCAGGCCCCGCUCAAAACACUUGAGCUGGUUCGCUCGCGGACUCCUCGGGAGCAGUGAGACGACGGAGGCCCUUCGCAAUGAAGUGGGGGAGCCGGAACCCGAGUCCAGCCAGCCUCUUGAAGUACCUCAGGGUGAGAAGGAGCCGGUGGCUGUUGGGAAGGCUUCCAAGGGACGGGCUUUGGCGUUUCGUGCCGACCCCACCGCGAAUGGAGCUUUGAGCGACUCCCUCCCCGGCCUGGAAGGGGAAGCCUCGGCCCUGGCAGCUGGAUCCUGCCCUCUGGCCGGCUCCAGGGGGUCCCCCACGGGCCUGCACUGACCUCUGCGGGAGGAGGGGGUCCCACCCGGGGCUUCCUCGGGGCUGCUGCAGCCAGUAUGUUCUCAAAGAAGGGAAAGUAGGCCGGGGACUCUGUGGUGUGGGACCUUGGGCAAAUCCCUGUGCCAUGCUGACCCCCAGCUGUGGACUCUGCCCGGUGAGGGCCCCUCUUCCCAUCGCCGUCCCUCUUUCCUUCUCCCCUCACCAGGGGGUGAGGGUGGCUGGUCUCUGCUGCCACUUUCCCCCCUUGUGUUCAGUAAACAAACCGAGGCCAAAAAGGAAGCACUGGCCAAGUGGGGACCAGAGAUGGGGUGCAGCUCUUCUCUGGGGCACUCCCUCUGCUUGUCUUCCCCUGGAAGGGGGCGGUGCUUACCCGUAAGAGUGACAGGUGACUUGUGGGAGGUCACCUAGGAAGACAGUGCCAGAGCCAGGACUCACCCCCAGCCCGGGAGAUGGACGCUGUCCCCGGCUGCGUGCAGAGAGGGCUGUCACUUUCUGUGUCCCUCCUUCCCUGAAGAGGAGCCCCUGGUGCCGCCAGGGGCUGGGGGGAGGGGGUGGCACCAGUCCCUCUCUUCCUUCUCCCUGCCCUGUUCAUUGGUACUGGAGGUGGUCUAAGCACCUGCUUCUGUGAGGAGGGCCCCCCAGGGUGCUAGAGGCUGGAAGGAGGCCCCAUGCCCAGGGAAUACUGCCCCAGCCCCUCCUCCUCCCUCCCUAGACGGGGCGGCCCCUCAACCUGCCUGUCCUGUGCUUCCUGCGGGGCCCCAGCUUUAUGUGGGGACCCUUCUCCCAAGGCCCUCCUGCCUAGGCCUUGUGGGGCAAAGCCGGGCGGACACCAGGCAGCCAGGAAUACCCAGCCGGCCGGUGACCGGCCUGCCCGCACUCGCGCUUACCUGGAGUCAGGAGAUACUGCUUGAAAUUUUAUUUUUAUGAAAAGGGAACUAUAUUAGCGAGGCUGCUUUUGGUCUUAAGCCAUUGGUUUAACCAGAAAGGAAAUUGGGUUAAACGAUGAAGGAAACUUCUUGGCUUACAGAAGUGACAAGGCCAGGGGCAGUGCAACGGGUGAAGCGUUUCACCCAGUCCCCAGUGUCUUCCCGCCUGCCCUCUGCAUUUGGCAAUAAGUAUCUGCUUCGUCCUAGGCCGCCCCUUAGGAUCAAACGUGGCUGCCUUCCGUUCCCAUGCUUCCUUGUUCGCAGCCAGCAAACAGCAGCUUCUCCCCGCCCGGAGCGCAGCUUCUUUCCCCUGUGACCCCAGCCAAUAAAUGCUCUCCUCUCAUUGGUCAGAA